AUGGAGAGUUUCGUGCAUCUCGUUGUGUUGCAGUUCGAGAGCGAUGCUGUCAUUCCCGGAGUACAGCUGAAAAUCUGGUCUCCAGUUAUACUGAGGAACGCCACUGUCAGUUGUUCCAUUCUUGGCAAGGAGGACAAAAAUCUCCCAAAAAAGCCUUUUGGCCCCGGGCUGGGCGGCUCUCGCCGCUCUCCUGGGGCCGGGGAGCACACGCGAGUUGAGGGGUUAAUAGGUGAAACCUGGGGGAAAUUUCAGGAAAAGAGGACAGUAAUUGGAUCAGCUUGUGAUCUUCUGGCUGCAAUUGCAGUUGUCGGGGUCCUGGUCACCAUGCACAUUCCCACUUGCUUCUUUUUUGCCUGCCUGACUGCGGUGAGUCACGUCUGGGGCCGAGUGAGCAGCCAAGGAUCAGGUCGACUGAAGCUCACUGUCCUUUCGGAAGACAGACUCCAAAUGAAAUGGAAGGAAACUGAAGGGAACAUCAGUGGCUACAAAGUUCGGGUAAAGCCCAUGGCAGGGGACUCGGAGCAAGAAGUUAUGCUGAAAACCAAGACUCCCAAAGCCACAGUUGCGGGGCUGAGCCCUACCAAGGAAUACACAUUGCAGGUCUAUGUGCUUAAUGGCUCCCAGGAAGCCCUGUUUGCCAAAAGGAAAUUCGUGAUUGAAGAGCUCAAAAAUGCAUCCCAGACUAGGAAUAACAGAAGAAACUCAGGAACCAUAUCCGAAAAGAACCUCACAUCUCCAGGGAGUUCAACAGCUGAGCAUGACUCAGCAUCAGCGACCACUUCACCACCGCUGACUGUGGUCUUGACACAGACAGCAAAGGACAGAACGGAAAGGAAAAGACAGAAAGGGAGUCACGCCAAGGUCUCUGGUGAAGCUAUGAGAAACCGAGCCAGCGCUGAGGCCAGUGUGACAGAAGCAACAGCAACAAGCACUAGAUCACCGCAGCGCACUCCUGCAAACACGGGACGAGAGUCUCCAGGCAAAGAAAAACCCACCAAGGACUCACUGAAGAGAGGUUCCCAGUUCCAGUGUGACACAUCUGCAAUGAUUGAUAUUGUCCUGCUUGUGGAUGGGUCUUGGAGCAUUGGACGCAACAAUUUCAAGCUAAUUAAGGAAUUCCUGAGCACUUUGAUUUCCCCAUUCAAUAUUGCCCAGGACAAGAUAAGAAUAGGGCUGUCCCAGUACAGCAGUGAUCCCCGCACAGAAUGGGAUUUGAACACAUACACUACGAGGGAUGAGGUGCUGGAAGCCGUGCGGAAUUUGCGGUACAAAGGAGGCAACACAUUUACAGGUCUCGCUUUGACCCACGUCCUGGAGCAGAAUCUAAAACCGGAAUCUGGUGCCCGCUUGGAAGCAGAGAAGUUGGUGAUCCUCUUGACUGAUGGAAAAUCCCAAGAUGAUGCCAACCUGGUUGCUCAGACCUUGAAAAACAUGGGUAUAGAGAUCUUCGCCAUUG